AUGUAUGCGAGAAAGAAAAGAAUUGAGGCAGAACAAAAGCUGUACAACAUACAGCAAGGCAAAGUUCAGAAACCAGAAGUGUAUGGGAGUCGUAAGAAACCGCCCAUGAUGAAGCAUCAUGAUCUAGAUGAUGCGUUAUUUGGAGAUGCCAACGAUGACCUUCUAGUCAUGAAUUCCGAUGCUGUAUCAGCAGCAGAAUACCUAAUAAAAAUCAAUCCCAAAUCAUCUAUUCCUGCCUGUUUUGUACAUCAAAUAUAUAGCGUCUUGCCAAAUCAUAAUACAGUUACAGAUAGAGAAUUACAACAAGCAUUUACAAGUGGUACCUGGAGAAGAUUUCACAUCAUUGGUGCUUUGGAUGAUGAACAUGUCCUCAUGAAGACCUCUGACUAUUGUAAUAUGAUUGAUCAUGCUAGACAGCAAAGUCCUCCAGAAGUUGAUGGCAGUAUAUAUGAUAAAUUCAAGGAUACAGUGACACAUGAUGAACAGUUUAGUCAAGUCUCAGUUACUAAGAAGGCACUCAUGGAAGCUUGCAAUUUCACCGAGCAAAAUAUAUCUCAACUCGUAUCAUCUGGUUUACUCAUUCCGCAUCAUAUUCAAAUGGAUGUUUACUGGUAUUCCAUACAUAAUCAAGGCUCAUUUAUGUCUAGUCUGUCAAAUGGCAGAUUACAAAUAUUACGCAUUUUGAAAAGACGAAACACCAAGGAUAUCAUGGAAAAGUUGCUGAAACAAAAGAAGUUGAACAAGUCGAGUUUUAGUAUGGAGUUCUUGAUGCAUGAUUUGAUUGGUAGUGGCAGAGUGGAAAAGUAA